GGGAGACAGCAGAGAAAACGUGUCUUCGUCUCCGGAAUCCUCGCCGGUCAGCUCCGUCGUUGCUCGGUUGAUCUUAACGGGGGUUGAGCUGAACCCCCCCGACACUGACACCGGACAGUUCGGCAUCCUCCUUCCGGCGGUCCAUGCAGCGGGUCACGCUUUCACACCGACACGCCACAUUUGGAGUGUUUGCAUCAACAGCCGGCUCUGCGUGUUUGCUCAAAACACUGAUGCAUUCUGGAUCCGGACUCUGUUCCCUGCGUAUCACAGCAGCAGGAAGUCUCAUUCAGCUGGACGCUCCACAGCCGCCGCCGGGCUCACCUCCUGCUAUGGCGGCUGGAGAACUUCUACUGAAGGGCAGGAGUCGACGGGUGUCCCAGAGUCUUCCUCCAGAACGAAGAUCCCAGAGGAAACCUGGCAAAAAGCUCCAAGUCAUCAUCUGUGUGCUGGUGGUGGAGUUGUGUGAAAGGUUCACUUUCUUCGGGAUUGUUUGCAACAUGAUUCUUUUCUGCACCGUGAAGCUCGGCUACAAUAACCACCUAGCAGCUACGGUGAACCUGUGCUUCAUCGGAGCCAGCACCCUGACCCCUGUCCUGGUGGGCUGGUUCGCAGAAACUGUCCUGGGGAGAACUAAAGUGCUGUACUUAUGCGCUCUUCUUCAUUUCUUUGGGACGGUCAUGCUGCCCGUGGUGGCGUUUCCCUUUGAAGAUUUCUACAUCGACACUCAUCACAUGGUUCACAGGCUGGCGCCGCACGACCAGCAGAUCCUGUUCUACACCGGCCUCCUGGCUGCUGCGCUGGGCAUCGGCGGCAUCCGGGCCGUUCUCUGCCCCAUGGGGGCCUACAGCCUGCAGACCUACGACCAACACCAGCUGCUGUCCUUCUUCAACUGGUUCUACUGGUUGGUGAACCUGAAUUCCACGGUGGUGUUUCUGGGCAUCGCCUACAUCCAGCAGUCGGUGGCUCAGAACCUGGGCUUCCUCAUCCCCUUCACCUCGGUGCUCCUGACUCUCAUCGCCAUCCACAUGACGCGCAGCAAGCUCACCUUCAAACCCAGAAAAGGAGGAUCUUUGCUGACCACGCUGGGAGUCUUUCUGAACUCCCUGAAGAUGUGCUGCCUCCAUCGUCGCCACCUGAGUGGGGAAGUGGUGUCUUGGCUGGACCGGGCCAAGGAGAACAACGGAGGUCGGUACAGCGAGAUCCAUGUGGAGAACGUCAAAGUCCUGGCGAAGCUCUUCCCUCUCUACGGGCUGCAGCUGCUGUACAGGGCUUGCGUCACUCAGAUCCCCUCAGGUUUCUACAUUCAGGCCAUGAACUCCAACCUCCACCUGGACGUCCUGCUGCUGCCCAUCGGUGCCAUGAACGUGAUCAGCAUCCUGCCUCUGCUGCUCUUGGCCCCGCUGGUUGAGUUGGUGACCACCUGCUUCAUUUCGACGGGGAAAUCUCCUCUAGCUCCUCAUAAGCUCAUAACUCUGGGACACGCGUGUGCCGUCCUGUCUGUCCUGGGGGCGGGUGUUUCUGAGAUGUGGAGGAGGCUCUACCCUCUGGUGGAGCAGACGCUGUCUGGGAAGGUUCUGCAGGUGUCGUCCAUGCCGUGCUUCCACCUGGCGCCUCAGUACGUCCUGUUGGGCGUGGCAGAAGCCCUCGUCACCCCCGCAUGUUCCCUCAUUUCCUUCCAGCUGACUCCGAACCACAUCAGAGGAAUCUCUCUGCAUUUCCUCACUCUGUCCUACGGAGGGGGCUGUUUUCUUGGAGCAUUCAUCCUCCAGUUGGUGCACGCCAUCUCAGGCGACUUCUACCCAAAUUCACUUCAAGAUGGGAAUCUGGAGGGGUUCUUCUUCAUCCUGGCCACUCUGAUGGCCGUGAAUACCCUGCUGUUCUGGAGAGUGUCAUGCAGGUACGAGGACCUGAGCGUGCGAGGAGAGGCCGUGACCUCCAGUCCUUUGACUGAGAAGCUGCGGCGCUACAAAGCCACUCUGCGCUUCUACGACGCCACCGAGCCCGCCGUGUGACUAAGUUCCUCCUCCUGGUGGUGCUGCAUUGACACAAUCUGGAAGAUUUUAUUACCCAUAAUUCAAAGUAAUGUGAAAUUCUUAAUUGAAAAUUCUAUUACAAUUUGAAAAUGCAUUUUGCAAUUUAGAAUUCAAUAUGAACAAUUACAAUUUAAACUAAUAAAUUUAAAAAUAUAAUUUUGAAUUAAAGCAAAAUCAAUUGAAUUUCAAUUUGCCAUAAUUCAAAUGAAAAGGCAUUUUGUAUUUUACAAUUCAGUAUUAAAAUUUGACAUUUCAUUUCCUUGUUUGCUUUAAAUUCAUUUUCAAUCUGUGGCAUUGGGUUUUUGUGAUGUUAGUUGUGUGGAAGUUUUUUUUAGCCAUAAUUCAGCUUCAAUCAAAACCCUAAAACUACUAAAGCAACAACAGGAUAAAAACUUUAUUUAAAAACAUGCAGAUAACAGUAAAUACAUGAGGGUUACACUUUCAUUUUUACUGAUCAAAUGAAGCAGAAACAUGUUCAACUUCAAGCAUAGAAACUUUAUUACUAACAAACUUUUCUUCCGGCGCCUCAACAAGCCAUAAGAACAUUGGAAUAAAGGCGAUUGUUUGAGCAAAGCUGCUGUGAGCAGAUCCAUAAAGGUACUAUUGGUCCAGAUGAUGUCUUGAAGUUAAACCUGGACUUCGAGUCCCCUUUCAGAUGCCAUGAUUCCACCUCCAGACAGCUCGAUGAUGGAGGCAUUACACAAGAGCGAUGGUCAGAACCCCAAACCAAGGCCAGGGGAACCAGGACAAACCCAGACCCGACUCAGACGACUGCAGAUGUUCACGUGUCGUCUUCUUCUUUCACUGUUUUUCAAAUCAAAUCAAUCUUUAUUUAUAGAGCACUUUUCAUAUCAAACAUAUUACAAAGUACUUUACAACUAAAUUAAACAAAUUAUAUAAAAAAAAAA